CAGGUGGGAGAAUAAAGAGCCAGAAGGAGAGUUAUGGGGCCCAAGGCCAGGGUGGGGGCACCCCGGGUUCACGCUCCCCAGCCACGCACAACCCUCGGCGCCUGUGUCUUUAGCGGGAAGACCGUGGAAUCUGCUGCUCAGGAAUGGUCCCAGUGACUGUGGCCCCUGAAGGGCGGAGAGUGAAGCUGAGCAACCCGCUGGGGAAGCGAGGUGUCCACAGGUGCUACUAGCCUGUGUCAAGAAGUAAGCAUGUGGAGGACUGACUGACUUGGGAAAAAAGUCUGUUCAUAUCAUUAGGUCAUUCGGGCUGUGCAGGUCACUCUCCACCCAGAAGCAUGUGCUGACUUCUACCUUAAAAGGUCAGCAUCUGGGCAUGUCGCCCAGUGGGCGGCCGUGGGCCUUCCUCUGGGAGAGCUGAAGCCCUGAAUGAGGGGUGGGGAGGGGCGGCUAGAAUCUUCUGGGUCUCCGUGGUGGAAUAGCUGGGAUGGUCAUGUCACCAUUCCCACAUCGUGGGUUGCUUGGUGAGUAUUAGAUGAGGCCGUGCCAAGGGAUGCUCAUAACAAGGCCAGUGUUCCCUGCUCAGAGCCCGGGAGCUCUGCCUUCCGCAGGUACUGCCCAGGCGCCCUGCUCAGUGCUGGGCCAGUGGACAGAGGCCGCAUUGACCUUCCUGUCACCAAAGUGCCCCUUGUCCAGCUCAGUGUUUAUCGUGUGUGGUGGCGGCAUCCUGCUCUGUGUUCAUGAAUCAUCUGCCCCGCCCCACCCCCCAGAACCACAGGCCAGGAAGUCAGGGCUUCUUAAUCCACUCUGACACGCCAUGUCCCGGCCUCAGAAACGGUGCCUGGCUUGUGGUGCGCUUCGCAAAUACUGGGUAAGGGAAACUUCUGGACUAGAACGGAGGUCAGACAGACCUCAAAUAAGAACUUGCACAUUGUUAGAAUGACUUUGAAGGAACAAAACGGCGUCAUGCAAGAGAGGAGGGACUGUGUUGCCCAGCAGGGUCACAGGAGGGAGGCUAAGGGAACAGUGUUGCCUGGCCAGGCUGCCCCUCCUGAAAGGUCAUGGAUCCUGCUGGAACCCACAGCUCGCUGCUGGGGGAGGGGGAGGGGUGUUUGCCCGUUGCCAGGCACCCGGGUUCUAUCCGGGCAUUUGGCGCCGCCAUGCCGCUCGCACCGUCCUUCCUGCUACUGCUGCCGCUGCUGGCCAUGCCGGCUCCCUCCCAGGCCUGGUCUCGGCCCCUGUGGUACCAGGUGGGGCUGGACCUUCAGCCCUGGGGAUGCCAGCCCAACAGCCUGGAAGGUUGCGGGGGUAGCCUGGGCUGUGCCGGUCACUGGAUGGGCCUGGGGAUGAACCGCCUCUACCCCGUGGCUGGGGUCACCAUCACCACCACCAUGAUGCUGAUGAUGGGCCGCGCGGUGCUGCAGCGGCGGCGCUCCCAGGCCACCAAGUCCGAGCAUCCACAGGUGACCACUAGCCCGAGUGGACCCUGGAAACGGCGGACCCCCAUCUCAGACCGCGCCCUGCUGCUUGGGGUCCUGCACAUGCUGGAUUCCCUCCUGGUCCAUAUUGAGGGACACCUGCAGCGUAUAUCCACCCAACAGAAGACCUCAAUAAAGGGGAUAUCUGCCCAGAGUGGGUGACCCAA